AUCGGAUAGCAUUCAGUGCUUUCUAUUUUUAGGACUUACUCAACAACGUAAAAAUUAGGAUUGGUAGAUUUUAGUUGUUAUGCGUGUAGCUCAGUAAAGGACAGAUAGACUAGUAUGUUGCUUAUAUUGUCCAAGCUUCAAUAUUGAUAUAAAUCAAUUGGAAUCAAGGUUAUACCAUACGUUUUCAAAAGAAACAAGUGCUCAUUUCCCGGAAAUUUUACUGUGUCUAUUCGAAUUUUAUGUGAUAUACAGGAAGUGGACUUAUCGCGUACCCUUAGUUCUUAUAAAAUUGCGUUUUAGGUGCAUUAUGCUUAUUAAAUUUCCAGCACUAUAAAGGAAUUUGGAGUGAGUAUAAAGAUGGCAAAGGCGUUGCAGGAUGAAGACGGAUGGACCCAAACUUCUUCCGUGUCGGAGCCAUUGAAUCUAUCGAAACCAAGAUCAGACCAGCCGACCGACACCGUAAAACAAACACUGAAAUCGCUGAUUAAGUCACGCAGAAUUGCAGAAGGAAAAGACGAGUUGCAAGUAGAGUUUAAGAUUGAAAAGGCGAGAUGCGAGUUAACUCCAGAGGAAAAAAUGAAGCAGAGAGAGAGAAAAGAACAGAACCGACGAGCAGCAAUGAGAUGUAGGGAGCGCAAAAAAGAAGAACUGAAAAGUUUGCUAAAAGAAGAAAAUUCAUUGAGGCAGCGUCGUCAGGUAUUAAUGGCUACUGUUGAAAAAUUAAUUGUUGAAAAAGAAAAACUUUUAAAGACAAUUCGUUCUUCGGGGAAUGUCUCGGAUUGUUCCUGUCCAGAGUCUGAAGAAGGAUGUAUCAACUGCUUGUCAAAUAGUGAAUUGAAUGCGCUUUCUGAAUCUUCUAGCAGUUCAACAGUUGUCCCUGAACCAAUGAUUGUGGCUCCUGAUAGCUGCGACAGUGGCACAGACAGUGGUAAUGAAGAAGAUGAUGAUGAUGAUGAUGAAUCUGGUCGUCUUUACAUAGACACUAGUGUGUCAGAUGAAGAUUCUAAGGUAUUAGAUUUGAGUUUUGCGAAAGAAAGACAUGUCCAAAUGGAAUUGACCGACUCUGACAGCCAGCCCAGUAGUUCACAGGAAAGUGCUACAAGUCAAGAAUGCAGUCUUAAUGAGGAGACUAAACCAGUGGUGUUAUUUCCCAAUCAAAAGCCUAGUAAAAUUCCAGAAUCCUUUGUCCUCAAAGAUUACAUUAAAGAGGAAUCAAUGGAGAUGGAAGAUUCAGACUAUGUGAUGAGUUCACAGGAGAGCAGCCAGUCAAUUUAUAGUUCCCAAGACAGCAUUGAUGGAAGCUUUUUGAAACAUGGUGGGCGAACUUGUGAGGUUUCAUGUGACUGAAGUUUUGAGAAAAGCUUGAAAAAAAUUUAAAUAGGGCUUUUUUGCAUUUGUAAUAUUUUUGUUCUCUAUAUUGAUUUCUAAUGAAGUCUGUCAUUGUUGUUGUAAUAAUAGCCUCCAAAAACCAAUCCUGAAGGAAAAAUUUUGUUAGCUGCUCACAUGAUGAGAUUCAAGUGAGCUUUCCUGAUCAAGAUUUGUCCUGCAUUGUAUUUCAGUCUGUUUUGUGUAAAUUUUUUAUAAUUUUCAUCUCAACAUGUACCACAGGUCCUUUUUCAACCAGAAUUGUUUCAAAGCGUCCAUGGAUCAGGAAUCAAGUAUGUUCAAGUUGAAUGUUAUGCCCACUCCCAUAGAAAGAAAAUCAUGAAAUUGUGCAAAUUAAAUGUGGUGUUUAAAAAGUCUUCCCCAAAAUCACAAAGUUUUAUUGACCAAAAUUGUGAGAAAGUUGAAAUGAAGAUUCAAGUUUAUUCAAAUCAUAACCUGCUAGGCCAGGGUGAGGUCACGAAAGGGGUUCAACUAUAACAUUAGGUAUGUGUAUGAAAAUUCUUUAAGAAUCUUCUCAAGAAGGGUAUGAUGCAAGCAUCUUCAUGUGGUGCAGACUCAAGUUGCUCACAUCAUGGCGUCCUUAGCAAGGGCAUGGUCACGGAAAGAUUUCUAUGUUUUAGAUAGGAAAAUUAUUUUCAACAAGAUCUACCAUUAAAGCAACACAAGCUGUAACUGACGGUAAAUUAAUUGAAAAGGAAAGAAUAGAAUAACAUAUUUGUGAUUGAAUAUGUAAUCUCAUUGAAUCAGAGUGUAUCUGAAGCAAUAAACCCCUCAGAUCAGCAGAAAAUGUCGAUUCAUGAAUUAUUGUCUUCCUGGCAGUAAUCUCCAAUGUGCAUUGACCUCAGAAGUCACCAAUUCGGAAAUACGGCAGAGAGGCACUGCUCAAGUGUCAGAUUUGUAAAGAGGCACUGCGCAAGUGUCGGAUUUGUAAAGAGGCACUGCGCAAGUGUCGGAUUUCUAAACCAAUUGUCCAAUAUGUCAAUUUUACAGAAAAUGCAUCUUCAAAAUUUUGAUUUGAGUGGCACAUUUGCUUAAUUAUUCCCUAUUAACACUUAAAAGUAAUUCAUGACACAUUGUAAAUUUUUUAAACAAACGAAAUGUGUAGCGACUCGCGUCAGUUUCCAUCUUUGUUUGACCUCAGUCUCAGCAACAGAUCAUGUUCGGUAAUCACCGUCCCUGUGUCUGAGUAUACGAUAAUCGAGUACGAGGCUAUUGCGGUUUAUACAAAACGCUCAUGGAAAGUAUGUUCUCUAGCAAUAUGCCCUUGUUUAUUUUGCUGAAUUUUUCAUCAGAUCUUGGGGAUUAUAUUUAUACAGAUAGAUGUUAAUUGGUGCAUAUUUGGGUAGUAGAAAAAUACCGUCGGUAACAGCUUGUAUUGCUUUUUAGAUGCAGAACUCAUUGAUACCAGACAUAUAUAAUGCUUAACGCUAGCACACUUUUCACGAAGCACAAGUAAUGCAAGUGUUGUCGCAGUUCAUGUCCUUGAGUGUAUUUUCAAAAAUGUAAUUUAUUUCUUAGAAAAAACCAUUAAGGACUAUGGGUUGGGCAACAUUCAAAGUUUUACCUAAGAUUAUUUAUGUAAAGUCUUUAAAAAUCCCGGAAACCACAAGGGUACAUUUAUGUCAAGUUGAUAAGCAAGCAUCAUCAUGUAGUGUAGAUUCAAGAUUGUUCAUACCUUGAAACCCCAGGUUCAUGUCAGGAUGGGCCAAAAGUGUUGGAUAGGGCUAUAUAGAUAUACAUUUAUAUAAAUAUAAAUCUUUUGAAGAAAAAGGUUUAACAAGGUUACAAGUUGGUUCAAAAUAUGGGGUGGUUGGAAUUUCAAUUGCUUGGGUGAGUGGCGUGGUCUAUAGACCUCGUAGUUUAUGUAUGGAAGGUCUUGAAAGGGAAAGGGAGUGUAUAACAAGUUUUAAUAGAUGGGUGUUGUAUUGUGGUUUUAGAUUUACUUAUUGCAGUACGUCAUGAAAUAUACAGCCCUGCGGUCCAUUACACAGGCAAUUAUGUCCCUGGGGUUUGAAUUUAUUAUUAGAGUGCUUUAAAUUCGAAUCCAAGCAAUAUAAUUGCCUGUGGUCCAUUAUUAACUUUUUAUUAUGUGCUGUACAAAAAGGCAAGCAGUCUUUAUAUUCACACUGUUUAUAUUUACAUUUAUCAAUUAAAGUGUAUACAUGUA